AUGCCCUUUAACUGUAGUCGCGACUGUGUUGGUAUUAGAUACCGCAUAAAUUCCCUGCACCAAACCUGGAAGUGGCUGCAUCAGACCAUCGCCCUGCAUGAGUAUCUGAUCUCCAUGAGCAAUUCGGAAGCAGAUUUGAUCGCUGUCGGAGCCACCUAUCCCAAGUGCCAGUAA